AUGGGAAGAGUUGGAAGAAAGAGAACUCAUAAGGGCAUAAGAGAUCAAUAUAGAAAAUAUCGAACUAGAAACUAUGCGAAAGAUCUUGAUCAAAUUCAUGAAGAUCUAAAGAAAGUUAAAGAACAUGGAGAUGAAAUUUUGAAAAAUCAAGAAUGGAAUGAAGACUUACCAGGAUUAGGACAAUUUUAUUGUAUACCUUGCGCUCGACAUUUCAUUAAUUCCGAAGCCUCUAAUGAACAUCAACGUGGCAAGAAUCAUAAAAAACGACGUUUGUUUAUUUUCACGAUGGAUCGAUACUCAACCGAUUUCUCCACAAUUUAUCUAUUAUUAUACAUUAGGGUUAAACUUCUAAAAGAAAUUCCUUAUACACAAGCGGAAGCAGAAUCCGCCGUUGGCUAUUCGACAGAACAUUCAAGGGAAAAAUCAAUUAGUACCAUCAUAAAUAGUAAUUGA